CUAAUUGAUAUCUAAGCGAUAUUAUUAUGGUUGACAAUGAAAAUAUUUUUUCGGAGUAAUACAAUGUCGUGGUAGUAGAUAGUCGUAGCACUGGUGUUAUCCCGUGCGGACCUAAUUCACCGUCUUGUUUACCCACGUUAUCAUUUUGCCACGUACGCGUUUUCCAUUCGUUCUUCAACGCCGCGCGACCAUCUUCGUCGUCGUCGAAUAUCGUCUCAAUCUGAGCGUCACGAGUGCGCGUUCAUAUUAUAAUCAUAUUCGACGUCGUGUCCGCUCGCGUUAUCAUUACGCCGCGUACGCGUUUUCCGUUCCGUCAUUUGCCGUCGUGCAAAUACAUAACCUGCCGACGGUCGCGUCGACAUAAUAUUUCGACGACGCGCGUCCAUAUUCGCCGUCGUCAAAUAUACCAAUUUGGGUACUACGGGUGCGAUAUUCACCGUCUUGUUUACCUACGUUGUCGUUACGCCACGUACGCGUUUUCCGUUCCGUCCUUUACCGACGCGCGUCCGUAUUCGCCGCCGUCAAAUAUAAAAUCGAUCUUACGAUUGCGCGUAUUAUCCGCCGUCGCGUUCGCUCACGUUAUUAUAACGCCCACGUACUCGUUUGUACGUGCCUCGUUUGCCGCCGCGCAAGUACGUUCCCUUCAGACUAUCGCGAUAUCCAUCCUCUACGGCCAUACGAGUGUGCGUCCCCUUUGCCGUCGUAAUACGAGUGAGCGUUUUUCUUCUGCCGCAAACAUUAUCGGCCGACAGUCGUAAUAAUAUACUCGCUGACGAUUUCGCCUACGAGUUGCUGUGCUAAGACAUCCAAGCCCUGGACUUCAUAAAUAUAGGUACAAUUUAAAAUGCGACAUGUCAACAUUCAACAAAACUUUACACAAGUGGUUGAAGCUGAUGAAUUUCUAUCGCUAUCAUCUGAACAGUUAGUUAAGUUGAUCCCCAGUGAUGAGCUUACGGUGCUAACCGAAGAAAAAGUAUUUGAACGUGUAGUUUGUUGGGUAAAGCAUGACUCAGAUUCUAGAAAAUGUAUUUUACCCCAAUUGUUGGAACAUGUUCGUUUACCAUUAACAUCGGAAUCAGGAACUCUAAAAAGUAUAGAAGCAUACAGACCAAAUACAGGAGUUUGGACUACAAUAGCAGACAUGCAUUUGCCUCGAAAAAAUCUAGGUGUCGUUGAAUUUGAAAGAUAAUUGUAUGCAGUCAGUGGACGUGACGGAUUAUCUAUUUUGGAUCCUGUAGAGUUUUACAAUCCCAUCAAAAAUACUUGGACCAUGCUAUACUCCGGCCCACGAGAGAAGUAACUCGUGUCCCGACCUAAUCGCGUCCGAAUCCGCGCAUCUCCACGUAUUUGACAUACAGCGAAAGGCACUAAGUGGGGGAAUUCCGCCAGUCAGCAUGCGCGAAACGGGUUACUUCU